CUGUCCGGAACCGUUUACAUAUUACUAUUUCACAACCAGCCAUAUUACUUUCGUGUUCAUGCCCUUGACUCUUGAAGUUUGCGUUGACUCGAUUGAGUCUACUUUGGCAGCCGUUGAAGCGGGAGCAGAUCGUCUUGAACUCUGCAGCAAUCUAGGUCUUGGCGGAGGAACUACUCCCAGCCUUGGGCUGUUGAAAGCUAUUCGAAAGGUGGUACCUACAAUUCCGAUCAUGGUUAUGAUCAGACCUCGGACUGGUGACUUUGUAUACACUGAGGCCGAAUUCGACGUGAUAGUCGAGGAUAUACGUUGCUUUAGAGAGAAUAGCGUCCAAGGCGUCGUGUUCGGCGUUCUCACUCCAGAAGGAGAUGUGGACGUAACCCGUACUCAGCGUCUUGUCUUGGAAGCUUUGCCUCUGCAAGUCUGUUUUCACCGAGCGUUUGACAUGACUCGUGACAUGAAGAAUGCAUGGCACCAGUUAUCCAAGAUUGAUGGACUAACCCGCAUCCUGACGAGCGGUCAGGGCACGACCGCCACCUCGGCCAGUUCUCUGGAUAUCUUGAAGGAUCUACUAGACCUUGCAAAAUCUCAGGAUCCACGCGUCGAAAUUCUUCCAGGAUCUGGCAUUAAUUCAUCCACAGUCGGCGCUUUAUGUCAGGCAUUACUGCCCCACGGGCUGCGCGAAGUGCAUAUGAGCGGUGGAUGUUGGAUCGAUGGAGCCUCAGUGUGGCGUCGAGACGGAAUGGGCAUGGGCAUUGGCGAAGCCAGUGAAUGGGGAAUUUGGCGGACAAGUGCAAGCGCAAUCCGCGCAGUCAAAGAUGUCAUCGAUUCCUUUAAGGAAGCAUGACUGUACCUAUACUGAGUAGGGAAUUAGACCAAAAUCAGGAAUCUUGAUCCAACUAAUAGUGUUUCCUGG